AGAAUCAAAUUUGUAAGCAGAAUUGCAGAGCUCAGUGAUGUAGAUAUAGUUAUUUGUAUUUGCCAUUUUUAUGACUGGCUGAUGUUGAGAUUAAGGGGAUGAUUAUUGUUUUUGAAAAGCCCUGUGAAAAUAAACCGCAUUUGCAGAAGAAUUCUGAGGAUUAGUCUGGGCAAAGAGUUUUAUUCAGUUCAUUAUUAUGAAGAUACUUUUCCUUGUCAUUUAUCAAGUAUUUGUUUUAAAAUUUCUAAUGCUUUUCUGUUUCUCAGUUGAAACUGUUAGAUUUUUUGUUACAAUGACUCAUCCAUCUAUAGGUAGAGCAAAAUUCCAGGUUCACCUUGCCCUUAAUCCGUGCAAAGACCUUUUGGAAACACCUUCUAGAAACUUAAUCUUUUUCAGUGUCUUAAUAAAUUCCGUUGUGUCCAAGAAGAGCCUGUCCAAAUGAGCAAGACAUCCCAACAGAACACCAAUGCAGAUGCAAAUGGAGUAAGUGUGAUUCACACCCAAGCACACACCAGUGGUUUGCAGCAGGUUCCCCAGCUGGUGCCUGUUAGUCUUGGUGGUGGAGGCAAAGCUGUGCCUCCAAGCAAACAGGGAAAGAAAAAUUCCUUUGUGGAUAGAAACAGUAAUGAGUAUCGUCAGCGAAGAGAGCGAAACAACAUGGCAGUGAAAAAGAGCCGGUUAAAAAGCAAGCAGAAAGCACAAGACACGCUGCAAAAAGUCAACCAGCUCAAAGAUGAAAAUGAACGUUUAGAGGCAAAAAUUAAACUCCUGACCAAGGAGCUGAGCGUACUGAAAGACUUGUUCCUCGAGCACGCACACAACCUUGCCGACAAUGCGCAACCUGUUGGCACUGAAACCGCCACAACACAUCCAGAAAACAAUGGACAGUAGACACUGUUGCAACGUUAUGAA